ACGGUGAAGAGGGAACGGCACUUGUUUCCCCUUUGACGGCGUCGGAAGCGAUGGAUCCUGAUGCUGUCGCCAAGGCGUUCGUCGAGCACUACUACCGGACGUUCGACAGCAACCGGCAGGCGCUCGGAGGGCUCUACCAGGACGGCUCCAUGCUCACUUUUGAGGGCGACAAGAUCCAGGGUGCGGCUGCCAUUGUUGCUAAGCUCACUUCUCUCCCCUUCCAGCAGUGCGCCCAUGCCAUCUCCACCGUCGAUUGCCAACCCUCAGGACCUCCUGGUGGUGUUCUUGUCUUCGUUAGCGGAUCCCUCCAGCUCGGUGGCGAGCAACAUUCCCUCAAGUUCAGCCAGAUGUUUCAUCUGAUUCCAACACCUCAGGGGAGCUUUUAUGUGCUCAAUGACAUAUUCCGUCUCAACUAUGCCUAAAUCUAUUAAUUUAUCUGUGAUCUGUGGCUGGUUCACGGCAGGGCCACCUGUCUGAUCAAUUAGACCUUUGUUUGACAGAAGGAUGUUAGUAUCAGCAUCGUUGGCUUGUUGGGCGUUUCUAUCUGAAGCUUAGUCGGAAGAUAGUUGAACUUUUCUUUUCAGAACUUUGGUGCUCAAGUGAUUGUUUUUUACAUCCAGUUUCAUUAUUGAUGUCAGACGACGUUAAAUUUUAAUGAUUGCAAGCAGUGUUUUUUCAAA